UGUCAUUGUACUCCUCCACGUUCCACCCCUGCGUUAGCAAGCCCAACCUCCGAAAAAACGCUCGCAUAGCUGCUAUGAGUGAGGUCGUCAACGUCGUCGUCGCCUUCGCUGUCCUCGUUUUUGUUUUCAAGUGGGCAACAUCGGGCGGCGACUCCUCGGGAAAUAGGUCUGCGGUGUCCGCGCUUGGAUUCAGACCGAAGAAUGUCACACAACAAAUGGUAGACCAAGUACACUCCAUGUUCCCUGAUAUUCCACCAGACAACAUCCGCUAUGACCUCCUGAGAACAGGCAGUAUCGAAGUGACCACAAACAAGAUACUUGAGAGGGGAUACCUUGAAGCGCCCCCAGCAGCGUACUACAACAUCUACCCUCGGGCAGAAACGCCGGCAGCACCCGCCGCUCCGGCAUCAGCCCGGGGCAAUACCUCUGCCUCGUCAUCAUCCGUACUGCCGAAGGCCUCGGAGUCCCUCAUCUCUCGAUACAACCUUCAGAGUAGGGUCGACAGCUUCGUGUCAGACGUGCCCGAGACACCUCAGAACGGAGCAAACGAUGGCAAGGCUGAGUGGCAGGACACAGCCCAGAAGCGGGAGGCGACCUUGCAGGAGCGGAAGGCGCAGAUGAUUCUGGCCGCCAGACAACGCAUGCUUGCUCAGCAGAAGGCUGCGAGCACAGGAGGGUCACCGUGAUUGGAUUCACAUGUAAUUGUCGUGAAAUGUCCACAAAACUACCAGGACCUUCGCCUCCCUUGAAUCAAUUUCGCUCCUCAUUCACAGGAUCUCGAGAUCAAGCUUCAUGUACAAGGCUCUCGUUGGCCUCCAUAUUGAUUCCAAGCAAGCCUCUAGAAACAGUUCGUUUUCGUGCCAGGUCCAUUGUCAGCGCUUGCUGUUGCUCGUUAGCUGCCUUUAGCUGCCCAUAGCCGUUUCGGUCAUCAGACGAGCCCGUGGGCCGGUCGGGUCAAUUUCCGUACAUUCUUAUGGAAUGUCGCCCGCCAUCUUAGCUUCGUCCCGAUGCUGAUUCCACUGCAAUUCCAC